AUGCCUCUAAAUCCAUGGAACACCCUCUUCUCCUUCUUAACAAUCAUCCUUCCCCUCUUGAACCCUUUUGUAGCUUUCGCAGUUAAUCCACAAGGCGAAGCUCUUCUUUCAUGGAAGCAAAGCCUGAAUGGACCCACUGAGGCCUUGUCUAAUUGCAACCCAACACAUAGAACUCCAUGUGGGUGGCUUGGAAUCACUUGCAACAUCAACGAGGAGGUCGUCGAAUUGGAAUUAAGGCACUUGAGUUUAUAUGGUACAGUUCCAACUAAUCUCUCUUCCUUGGUUUCAUUAACCAAGGUUGUACUUUCUAGUACAAACCUCACGGGUUCGGUCCCAAGAGAGAUUGCUAUACUACAUGAACUGAAUUACUUGGACUUGAGUGACAAUGCGUUAACUGGUAACAUCCCAUCUGAGAUUUGCAACUUGCUUAAGCUCCAAGAAAUCCACCUCAACUCGAACCAGCUAGAGGGCUCGAUUCCAGCUCAAAUCGGCAACCUCACAAGCUUGAAAUGGCUGACUCUUUAUGACAACCAGCUCAAUGGUGAGAUACCCAGUUCAAUAGGCAAAUUGAAGAACCUCCAGUUGAUAAGAGCAGGUGGGAACAAGAAUCUCGGAGGCCUUAUACCUCAAGAAAUUGGGAAUUGUACCGAGUUGACCAUGUUAGGCCUAGCCGCAACAAGCGUUUCGGGUUUCCUUCCUCCGAGUCUUGGCCUCCUCAAGAAGCUUGAAACCAUGAACAUGUACACAUCUCUCCUCUCCGGCCAAAUUCCACCUGAACUUGUCAACUGUAGCGCCCUCCAAAACAUUUAUCUCCAUCAAAACUCGCUUACUGGUUCAAUACCGAAAAGUCUUGGAAGCCUAAAAAAUCUCCGGAAUCUUUUUCUCUGGGAGAACACCUUGGUGGGUACCAUUCCAUCAGAGCUUGGGAAUUGCAAGAACUUAACAAUUCUCGAUGUUUCCAAUAAUUUGAUCGAAGGAACUUUGCCACUUCAGGUACUUCCACAACACAUUGUUUACUUUUCAAUCUCAACGAACAAUUUAAGUGGGGAGAUCCCUUCCUAUAUUUGCAAUCUCAGUUUCGUCAACUACCUUGAUUUCUCUUAUAACCAUUUUAGUACGAUUCCUCCAUGUUUGGGAAACAUGAGUGAUCUCAUGAAAUUGAAUCUGCGAAAUAACAAUUUUCAUGGCACCAUCCCAAAAUUUGAAAAGUGCAAUAACUUGAGGAGUCUUCAAAUCACUGGCAAUCAAUUUGAAGGGCCAUUACCACGUUCAUUAGUCAAUUGCAAAAAAUUGGAAAUUCUAGACAUUGCGAACAACAAGGUUAACGACACAUUCCCUCUUUGGUUGAUAAAUCUUUCAGAGUUGCGGGUUCUCUUAUUGCGAUCAAAUGGCUUUCAUGGUGCCAUAGGCAAUCACAAGACUAAAUUCUCAUUUCCUAAUUUGAGAAUCAUAGACCUCUCUCACAAUAUGUUCCAUGGUCAUUUGCCAUCAAACUUUUUCAAGUCUUUAACAGCCAUGAUGAAUGGGAACGUACAGAAAGGUAAACUGCAAUAUACGGGUGAUACUUAUUAUCAAGAUUCUAUUACGAUUGAUAUUAAAGGGAAUUAUAUUGAUGUGGUGAAGAUCCAGACUCUAUUGACAACCAUUGAUUUUUCCAACAAUAGUUUCAAAGGAGAAAUUCCAAAGAUAAUUGGAAAGCUUGGAUCACUCAAAGGGCUAAAUUUUUCACACAAUAAUCUUAUCGGUCAUAUACCUAUAUUAUUCGAAAAUUUAACUAAUCUUGAAUGGUUAGAUCUCUCCUCAAACAAGUUCACAGGCAACAUUCCUAUACAAUUGACAGAUCUUACAUCAUUGGCAAUUUUAAAUCUCUCAAAAAACCAUCUUAUGGGACCGAUACCUCAAGGUAAACAGUUCAAUACGUUUACAAAUGAUUCCUACAAUGGAAACUUGGGUUUAUGUGGAUUUCCGUUGACAAAAUCUUGUGGCAAUGAUAAGGGACAACACCCACCACUAUCAUCAACCAUCCAAGAAGAUGAUUUUGAGUUUGCAAAUGGAUUUAAUUGGAAAGUUGUGUUGUUGGGGUAUGGAUGUGGAUUCAUGUUCGGAUUAGGUAUGGGAUAUCUUAUGUUCUCAAGUGAAAAAUCAAAAUGGCUAGUGAAUAGUAUUUAUGGAAAACGACACAACAAGGUGCGAAGAUCCAAGAAGAAUGCUCCUGGAAGAAUUAAUCGAAGCAAAAUUUUGCUGAUACGAAUAAUGAUUUCAGAACAAAGAAGAUGUUGUUGGUUGGAUCGCUUGAAGAGUGGAGUUCAUCUUACUAGUGCUAAGUGA